GUUCCUCGCGCCUGCGCGGAGCGGCGCCCGGGCGGCGGCGGGCGAGCGGUUAGAACCGGGAGCCCUGCUCUCCCGGGCCUGCCGGCUAUGACGAUCACCUACAGCUGCGUGGCUCAUGGCCGAGCGGUCCUGGCGGAGCUGGCCUUGACCGGCGGCUCCUAUCAGGAAGCAGCGGCAAAGGUACUCAGGCAAGUGCUCCUGAAAGCCGAGCCAGCGACCAUAAUUCACAUAGGAAGCUACGUCUACCAUACUCUCUUUAUUGACGGAAUCACUUAUUUAUGUGCUACAGACAAUGGCUUGGAUUCUAUGGCACCAUCUGCAUUUCUUAAAAAAGUUAGUGAUAUUUUUACAAGAAAUCCUUUGAUGUCACAAGAACAUUUUUUCCCUUCAAAUGCACUUGCUACAGAUUUUCAACAAAUACUAGCACAGCACAUGAUGGAAUACAAUAAAAAUCAAAGAGACAACAACACAGUGUCUGCAGUGAAAAGUCAAGUGACUGAUGUAAAAAACAUUAUGCUGAGAAACAUCGAUACAGUUUUAGAAAGAGAAAUAGAAACAGUGAGCAUCAUCACUGAAGGAGCAGAGGACCCCCAGGCAACGAGAUUUGCUUUUCGUUGUAUGAAAGUAUAAGGCGAGCUUUCUGUGAGCAGCCUUGGCAGUCCAGGCUCUCUACCUGCUGUGACUGUCAGUGCCUUCAGCGUGGGAAUCUUUCACUUUCAUGGGGCAAUUUCUUCAACAGUGAAUGGAGAAGACAUCUUUGCUUAUUAGCCACUUCAGCCCAAAAGUGGGAGCAUGGCUUUAUUCAUCUGACUGGUAAGACCUACUUUCCUGUCUUUCUGUAGAUAUGCAGCAUGUGUCAGAGAGAGGAGCCUGAGAUGGAGUCUGGGACUGGAGGUCUCUCGGCAGCCACAGCUGUGUGUGAUGGGACCUGCACUGUAGAUGGGAAACAUCAGGCUAGCUCUUGACAUCUACAGCCAAAGAAACCCUGAAGGAAAUAGUCCAAGUAGAUGGAGCAUGAGAGCAGAUGAAAAGCCCAAGUUUCAGGAAUAGAUGCUUUUUUAAAAGUGACCACUUUUUUGGUUACUUGAAGUCAGUCACUUGAAGUAAAUAUUGAGUGCAGCAUUGUUGGUGAGAAGUAGUUGGAUUCUGGAUACAUUUGUAAGGUGUUAAAAUUGCUAAAAUCCUGAAGAUGAGGUGAGAAAGGAAGCCCAGGGAAUCUGGGUGCUCGGGCCCUUGUUCACACAAGGGCUAGAAACUGCUCUCCUCCUGAGUCGAGGAGCAGCAUGGCAUGAGCUUUCACUGUUCCCAGGCUCCAGCUCUUAUGCUUUCUUUCUUUCAAAUCCAGCCGUAUAAUUAAAUUGAUUGUUUUACCUAGCAUUUCUAGGUGAUAGUACUUGGAAAGACUACAGGAAUACUUAAUCCACCAUAUCAAUGGAGCUAUCCUACGGCAAAUGAGGCAUCACCUAACCCAGAAAACACUGGCACAAAAGCCUUUUCCCCAGAGAUUUCCUUUUACCUUGCUGUCUUACCUUACAAUGCCCGACUUUAUGUACACAUUACAUCUCCACUGCAAGAAAAACCAUCCUCUUUCUGAAGUUAAAUAGAAAAAGUCCAGAAAAAUGGAGAAUUUCAUUGCCGUGGCUGUUUAAAGACAGGAACUCACUACAGAGCCAUUCUGAUUUUGCACUCACUCUGCCUCGGCCUCCCAAGGGCAGAGACUACAGGCAUGCACAGCUUGUUCAGGCAAAAGAUGAAAUUAGGCUGCCAUGCUUUACCAUACCACCUGGAUAGCAGACUCAUUCUCACAAAGUUCUGCUUUGCUGCCUGUACAAGGUUUGUCUCUUCUUGUCCUUCUAUAGACUCCAUUGAACGGUCUUUAAAUAAAAAUAAAUUUGAGCCGGGUGUGGUGGCACUCGCCUUGUAAUCCCAGCACUUGGGAGGCAAAGGCAGGCAGAUCUCUGAAUUCGAGGCCAGCCUGGUCUACAGAGUGAGUUCCAAACCAACCAGUUCUGGAUAUCUGCCAUCUUCUUCUGACCACUGAGGACUCCGGGCACACGUGCAAACAAAGCAUGCACAAGCAUAAAAUAAAUCUAAAAGAAAAAAAUUUAAACAAUAACUAAAAAGCAAUGAGACCAGGGCUAUGGCUCAGUAGUUAAGAACAUGGCUGCUCUUCAGAAGGACCCAGAGUUUAAUUCUCAGCACCUCCCAUGACAGCUUUCAACCAUCAGCAGCAGAGACCAAGUCUAAUCUUCAAAAGGCUCACCUUUAAUGACCUUCCAAUAGCUAGUGCCACCUUCCAAAGACACCUCCAGGCUUCCAAAAUAGCUCACUAGCUGAGGAACAACUGUUCAAAACACGAAUAUAGAGGACAUUGCAGAUUCAAAUCCUAACAAUCUCCAAUUAUGAAAAUUGCUAGUAACAAAAUUCUCGCAGGGCAGUCAUCUUAGAUGUGCCGUGUUCCCUUCCUCAGUAAAGCCUCACGGUCUGGGGCACUGCACAGCAGAUCUUAUUUUCUCCAUUUAAAUUGUCAUGGAUCCAGUAAACAUUUAGCCUACUGUAUGCCAUGCACUGUCCCAAGAAUGCAUGCCAUAAUGCUUUCUCUUAUCUAACAUCAUAUGACAUUUACUUACUAACUAGAAAUAAAGAAUUGAGAACAUGGGGGCUGGAGAGAUGGCUCAGCAGGUAACAGUGCUUGCAGCUCUUCCAGUGGUUCCAGCACCUGUGACUUCAGCUCCAGGCAAUUCAAUGUCACACACAAAUAAAUCUUUAAAAAUAAUUGAGAGCAAGGUGUCUAGAACAAAAAUGUGGUAGAACUUUAAACUGGGUUAUAAGGAAUCCUUUCAGUAAAACCACAAGGAAAAGGAAAAUGAGAAAACUUGCUCAAGGUCCCAAUGUUAAGUCCCACCUCAGCACAGGCACCUAGAACCGUGGUGAACCGUGGUGCUUCACUUGACAAAUCCACUGGGUCCUAAGGGCUGCUUUUGGAAUUAGUUCAAACUAAACUAUCAAAUAGCCUUCCUAAGUAUUUGAGUGUGCCAUUAAGUUCAGAAAUAGACAGAAAAAGAAGUCUAAGUUUGUAUUUAUUUUUA